UACACGCCAGUUAUACGACAUUGAAACAUCAGGCAUGGCUGAGGAAAGCAGCAGCGAAUACACGCCUCUUGAUUUAAGCAUGAAGGACAAAGCAACACCAAGUACAAGCUGUGACGGUACCCAGGAUGGUUCAACUACUUCGGGCGCCUACAACACGAUUUCUGACGACACCUUGCAGUACCAGAGGAACACGCAGCACACGCCGACGACCGACGAGACUUGCAACGUCGACGGUGUCAAUGACAAUGGCAGCACAAAAUGCCAGCACCUGGGGUCCGUCAGGAGCAUCGAUAACACAAAGCCCAGCACAAGUCGCGCUAGCAUGGAGGAAGCAUCAGCUAAUUCUGAAGACGGCUCCGCGUUUGUAGCUUGCAUACUCGCUCCCUAUUGUGGAAUGUGGAAAGCUUGUGAAGGAGAGACGCUCUUCGGAGCCGAUGCUCAUGAACUGAAACAGGGAAUGCUACUGAAACCGGAGGAAGAAAACAGCAAGAGCCCUGCGGUGCCAGCGCAAGUGAUCAAUCAUCUGUGA